AUGUGUGUUAAGAGGAGCGUUAAUAUUCGGGGUUCAAAUGGAUACGAAGAAGGCCAUUAUGUAGAGCUCCUGUGGGAAAGGAUGUACAGCGGCGUCGUGAUCGCUGCAGGAAAUCUACGCAAGAUCCAGAGUGUCAAGAAUCGGCGUUGUUUCCUGAUGGACUGCUUGGCUGAGCAAGUAUUGCCGCCUUCAGCUCCGAGCCAGUUUAAAUCCGGCGAGCAUCCGUUCCCUGAUAGUGCUCGGGCCUUCCUUGUGGAGGCCAUUAGGACCCUACAGCAUCGAAUCUUCGAACUCCGGAAUGAACUCGUGGGCGAACACCUUCCCCAUGAGCUGGUCCUCCAACGACAACAGGGAGAUCAUGCUCAGCGAGUCAAACACAAGGCGAAGCCAUCUUUGUCCAGUCUAUUAUACCUGCCGAAUAUCGUAGCACAGAUAUUUGUAACCGUCUGUUUCGAUAUUUUUGAUGAUGUUUUCCCCGACUUCGAUUCCGUGAGCGGUAUCAGCACAGAGAUCUUCCGCCAAAUCGAAACCGUCGAGAACGACCACGAUGCGUCGACGGCAGCGGCUCUCGAGGCGGUGGAGCGACGAGGGGAGAUGGUCGUGCGCCUGCUGGACCCGCGCACGCUCAGCAAGGGCGCGUACGACCAGGCGAAGCGGUUCUUAGCCCUGCAGAAUGUGAAGUUUAGCGUGCAGAUGGUGGAGAUCGUGAAGCGGCCGGGCCAGACCCUCGGCCUGUACAUCCGCGAGGGCAACGGCGCCGACCGUGCGGAGGGCGUCUUCAUCUCGCGCAUCGCGCUCGAGUCGCCCGUCUACAACAGCGGCUGCCUGCGCGUCGGCGACGAGAUCCUGGCCGUGAACCUGGUGGACGUGACGCGCAUGGGGCUCGACGACGUGGUCAUCAUCAUGAGCAUCCCGCGGCGCCUGCUGCUCACCACCCGUUCGCGGCGCGGCGGUCGAGGGGCGCCGCCGUCGCCGCAGCCGCGCCACGAGCCCAAGCCGCCGCCGGUCGUCGUCAUCAAGAAGGAGUACGAGGAGGAGCCGCUGGACGACUCCAACAGCAACGGCGAGAUGCUGCGGCUGGGCGCCAUGGGCCGGCCGCCGCCGCCGCCCUCGCGCCCGCCGCCCGGCGUGCCUCCGUCGCAGGAGUCGCGCUUCAGCACGCUGCCGCGCUACCGGCCGCCCGAGAACAUGUCGGCGCUGCGUCACGAGGAGCCGCUCAUAUACUACGGCACCAGAGGCAUCCCGCCCAAGGGGCCGUACGGCGUGCCCCAGCAAGGGCCCCCGGGCGUGCCCCCCGGCGCCAUGGGCCCGCACGCCACGCACCCCGGCUACCAGCCUCGCAGCGCGCGCCAGGCCAGCGUGCCGCUGCCGCCGUACGGGCCGCCACCGCGCCCGCCGCUCGGCUCCGACAUCGAGCGCUACUACCAGCCACCGCCGCCCGUCAUCACGGAGCAGCCGCGGCCGCAGCAGCAGCAGCACUUCACGCCGUACGAGCGCUCGUACCCGAAGACGCUGGAGUCGCUGGCGGAGCGCGUGCACUCGUUUUACGGGCCGCCCGGCACGGAGCCCCCGAUGGCCGGGCCGCCGCGCCAGGACCGCUCGCGCGAGCCGCCCAUGUACGGCACGCUGGGCCGCACGACCACCGUGGGGCGGCCCCGCCUGGCGCGCACGCUCAGCGACCAGCGGUUGCCGGCGACGGAGCGCGAGAGCCUGAGCGACUACGAGGGCAGCGGCCCGUCCGCGCGCCGCAUCAAGGCGUCGACGCUGCAGUACCCGUCGGGGGCGCAGGUCACGGACCGCGCCACGCUCGAGCGCUACCAGGAGACCAUGCGGCGCCUGAGCGCACUGCGCCAGAGGACGCGCUCGGUGGACUACGCCAGCGACACGGAAGUCACGCUGCCCCGCUCGUCGCUGCUGGCGCGGGCGAGGGGCACGCACCACGUGCCCGCCGGCGGAGCCGCAGCCGCGCGCUCCAACUCCCUGCCGCGCCACUCGCGCCACCGCGGCGGCUCCCACGUGCGCUUCGAGGCGCGCGGAGGCCCCGCGGUGAGCGAGGACGAAAGCGACGGCGCCGUCAGUGCCCCGGAAAUGCCCACGGGCACCGAGAGAGCACGUCUGCCCUCCUCGCCGUCUAUCUUCACUUCUGACGAGUAUCGGGCGUGGCUCAGUCGCGCGCCCUCCACCAGUGCCAUCUAUGAGCGGAUAAGGAAAUCACACGAGAGGCUACGCACGCAGAGAGGCGGGAUGAGGUUCACUUACAGCGCCGAGAACCUCACUGAGAAGACGAGAGAUGAAGCGCCGUUCUACGUCCAGCGCCUGCAUUUGGGCCCCGGAGCCGGCACGCCCUCGAGGCAGCUAGGUCGUCUGGAACCUCCCUCUCGGCGGGUGCGGGCGGCGCUGGAAGAGGCCAGGGGCGUCCCACACCCCUCUCCCACCAGAGGGCGCCCUGCGCUUAGGCUUAUUGACAUCAACCCCGCAGAGUUCCUGAAGUACAAAGUGGGCGUAGGCAACAUGGGCGGCGUGACGGAAGGCGUCUCGGGGAUGCUGUGGGUGCACCUGCUGGCUGGCCGCGGGCUCAAGGCCGCCGGCAGGUCGGAGUUCCGCGACCUGUACUGCGUGCUGGAGUGCGACCGCGUCCACAAGGCGCGCACGGUGGUCCGCACCGGGGACCUGAACUUCGACUGGGACGAGACCUUCGAUCUGGAUCUCAUCAACAACAAGGAACUGGACUUCUUGAUAUACUCGUGGGACCCGCAGUUCAGGCACAAGCUGUGCUACAAGGGCUCGGUGCACCUGGUGAGCCUGCUGAAGGAGUCGCCGCUGCACCAGCUGGCGCUCAAGAUCGAGCCCCGCGGGACGCUGUACCUCAAGCUGCGCUACACGCCGCCGCGCCAGGCCUUCCUCAGGACGCCCGCCAGCCGCAAGAACGCGCUCUUCGGCGUCGACCUCGACACGGUGUCGAACCGCGAGAGCGGUGGCGGCACCGUGCCGCUGCUCAUCGCCCGCUGCGUCGCCGAGGUCGAGCGCCGCGGACUCGACAUCAUCGGCCUCUACCGGCUGUGCGGAUCCGCGACCAAGAAGCGGCUGCUGAGGGACGCCUUCGAGAGGAACCCCAGGCUCGUGGACCUCUCCUCCGACAACGUGCCGGACAUCAACGUCAUCACAGGCAUUUUGAAAGACUACCUCCGGGAGCUGCCAGAACCCCUCUUCACAAAGUGUCUGUACCAAAUGCUGGUCGACGCCCUCACCGUCAUGCUGCCUGACGACCCCGAAGGAAACGCCAAGCUGAUGUUCUCCAUUCUCGAUUGCCUUCCCAAGGUUAACAGGAUGACUUUGUUCCUGCUGAUGGACCACCUCCGCCUGGUGGCCAGCCAGUCCGAGAGGAAUAAGAUGACCACGCAGAACCUGGCCAUCUGCUUCGGCCCCGUCCUUAUGCUCCAGAGCGAGAGCCAGGAUCCCAUGGACUUCCACCAGCCGAUCAGUAUCCUCAAGUUCCUCCUGGACCUGUGGCCUUCCAAGUCAGACACGAGUUUAACUAGUUCUGGAGGCAAGACGUCAAUGUUCUCUCUCACCCGAUAG